AUGGGUCUUCGAGACACCAUAAAAGAAGAAAAUAAGGCAUCAAAUCAAAACUGUGCACGAGCAAUGAUAUUCUUGCGUCAUCAUCUUGACGAGAUUCUGAAAAUCGAAUAUCUGACAGUUAAGGAUCCACUUGUUUUGUGGAAAAACCUAAAAGAAAGAUUUGACCACUUGAAGAUGGUCAUACAUCCACAGGCACGAUAUGAUUGGAUGCAUCUAAGGCUACAAGACUUUAAGUCUAUACAUGAGUACAAUUCUGUCAUGUUCAGAAUCACUUCUCAAUUGAAAUUAUGUGGAGAAACGAAUCGACCUACUGGAUCUGAACCACUUCCUGAAGUGAAUGAGGCGUACGUCCACCAUGCUAGGUGUGGAAAAGGUCGCGGUCCUAAUCGUGGUUGUGGACGUGGACGUGGUCAUGGACGUGGACGUGGUCGUGGUCGUGAUUAUGGUCAAGAACGGAAUUCUAUUCCUGGCAUUAAUCAUUCAUUAAAUAAAAAGGAAAAAAGAAAGGAUGAGAAACGUGAAGCAACUAGGGAAGGUUGUUUUCGAUGUGGUGGAAGAGGUCAUUAUGCGCGUGAUUGUCAUUUCUUCGCACAUACUGAAGGAAAAAUAGAUUACUUAAUUGGUGAUGGUUCUGUGAACAUGGAAGAGUGA